AUGUAUGUGGGCAGCACAAUCUUCCGCAGCACCAAACUCGAUGAUGAAAUGGCCCACCGAAUUUCGAAGGCCAGUCAAGCCUACGGUCGUCUUCAAAACCCAGUUUGGCAUCGUCACAGUCUUCAACUCAGCACGAAACUGAAGAUGUACAAGACCGUCGUUGCUGUAUGGAACAGAGACCUGGACAGUGUACACGAAGCAGGCACGCGAGACAUGCAAAUCUCCACUGACGCCGCUGCUGCCUCACAACGCCCAAGCCCAACCGCCUCCAACGUGUCCAUGAUGUCAACGGACAUCCCGGGCGCCAAUUGCAUUUGCUGGACACCUCCGGAUCACCUGCGGCACCCGGACUGCACCAACCACCGUCUCUCCCUCCACUUCUUCCUCGCCUCUCACGCCGUCAACUAA